ACAAAACGACACCACUUCUGCGUCGUGAAAACAUACCGCUCUUUGCAAGUGUUUUGCCUUGUAUAUGUAAACCCUAAUGACUUAGACCUAUUCACCUGUUCCGGUGCUAUAUUAUCGUUAGUAAGUGGGCUCAAAGAAACGCUGAUUUUUCGGGCUCUGGGAGCGCAUCCAUCCUUCUGUUUGUGACACGUCCAAUCAUGGCGCCAGGCAUGCAGCCCAAAAUAGGGGAAACAGUCGUUGGGAUUAUCGGUAUGGGCGAUAUGGGGAAGAUGUAUGCCCGCAGAAUAAGCGACGCGGGCUGGAAGGUGCACGCUUGCGAUCGUCCAGAUAAGUUCGAGGCGCUGCAAGCAGAGUUUCGAGGGAGGAGCAACAUAUCGAUAUUUAAAAAUGGCCACCUAGUCUCCAGAACAAGUGAUUUUAUCAUCUACAGUGUCGAAGCUGAGAACAUUGACAGCGUUGUGAGGGAAUAUGGGCCAUCAACAAAGCUGAACGCUAUAGUUGGUGGACAGACCUCAUGCAAAGCCCCAGAAAUCGCAGCAUUUGAAAAACAUCUUCCUCCAGACUGUCAAAUCGUAUCUUGUCAUUCGCUUCAUGGGCCUGGUGUGAACCCCAAGGGUCAGCCGUUGGUUCUCAUCAAGCAUAGAGCCCAAGAUGAAGCCUUCAAUUUAGUUCAGAACAUACUUUCCUGUUUGGAGUCUUCACCAGUCCACCUCACGGCAGUGCAGCACGACCGUAUAACCGCAGACACACAGGCUGUUACACAUGCUGCUUUCCUCUCCAUGGGCGCCGCUUGGGCUGCGAAUUCUCAAUACCCCUGGGAAAUGCCACAGUACGUGGGUGGCGUCGAGAACGUUAAAGUGAAUGUUAUGAUGCGCAUCUAUAGUAAUAAAUGGCAUGUCUACGCCGGAUUGGCAAUUAUGAAUCCUAGUGCACGAGAACAAAUCAGAACAUACGCCCAGAGCGUCACAGAGCUUUUUAAGCUCAUGUUACACGGGGAAAGGGAAACAUUCACGAGGAGAAUACAUGAAGCAAAACGCAAGGUUUUUGGCGAUGCAGAGGGUGAGAAGUUGUUGGAUGAUGCUGUACUCGAGAAGUUUAGUUUGGGAGAACGGCCGGAAAAGCAAAAGAAAAACAGUCAUCUAAGUUUACUCGCUAUAGUGGACUGUUGGAGUAAACUUGAUAUCAAUCCUUAUCAUCACAUUAUAUGUGCUACGCCACUGUUCCGCAUGUGGCUAGGCAUCACGGAGUACCUCUUUCGAACACCUGCCCUACUUGAAGAAACCAUUGAGACUGCUAUUUCCGAUAACAGCUUCCGAGCUGAUGAUCUGGAAUUUACAUUCGCGGCGCGCGACUGGAGUGAGAGGGUUGACCUGCAGGCCUUUGAAGCCUACAAAGAAAAGUUCGAGAAGAUCCAAGCGUACUUCGCUCCGCGGAUCCCCGAGGCACAAAGAUUGGGCAAUGAAAUGAUUAAGACAAUUAUGGAGAGGACGAAGAAAUGAAAGCUGGUGCCAAAUGAAGGAAAAUAACUGUGCUUCGCGAUGAGUUUUGAUCGGCAGCUUGAGCUAUCAAAGGUUCGUAAAUAGCAGCCUUGAGAGACAAAAAAUUUCAAAGUUGUCUACAUGAACUAGCUAUGUGAUCAUGUCAAAGCAUUUUCUAACUCUAAAACCUUAACUGAUUCAACGACUUCAGUUUUGCUUUCUAAACAUUGAGGGUUGUGGUUACUCCGAAAAUGCUUGAAACAUGUUCUCGCGAAUAGUUCAGCGUCUGCCUGGCUAAGCCUUGUAUCGCCGAAUCGUUAUUUGAUGAGUAUGGAACACGAGGAGACCAGGUUUGACCUAGUCAAUCUAAACAGGUACUUCAGAGGUAUCAUGGUGUUUUUACUUCACACAGUGCGGUGGUCAUAU